GUUAUUCAAUAUUUCCAGUAUUUCCAUUAUUCCUCAGAUUUUGCAUUUUUUAACGAACGUUAAUUGAUCGGAUAAUUAUUUAUCACUUAGCGGGAAAUUUUGAAGACAUGGGGAAAAUUUCAGGCACUACUCAACGCUUGGAACUCCAUUUUGUUUAUUUUAGUUUCUGAGUGAAUGUCAAUGUGCAGUUAGGUCGGUGUUUCCAUGACAGCCGGUUACAAUAACCAUCUCGUGAUGCACUCGACACUUAUUUUUUAAUAUUUUAUUUGUUUAUAUUGUGCACAUGAGUGAGGAUGGAGCAGCUGGUAGGGAGCAAUGUCCAGGUGGUUCUGAGUCUCAAGGAAGGAAAGGGCUUCGAUAAAGUAGCAAAUCCAACGGUCAUAAUCGCGACGUUGAAUGGAUUAUCUCUGGAAACGGAUUUAAUCUAUCCAGAGGAAAAUCCUGUGUACGCAACUGAUCUAGUGUGGGAGGCAACGAAAAGUACUCUUAGAAAGAUGCGAUCGGGACAAGAACCGCUGAAAGUUGAAUGCCUCGAGGUGAAACAGAACUUCGUGAAAGAAAAGAUUGGGUACUUGCUGUUGAGCCUGCGAUCAGCACAAAUUGUCCCCCGGGGCAACGAGAGCAACAUCAAGACGAAUUGGCAUAGGCUGCUCGGCCUCAGGAAUGAUGUGAAAUCCGAUAAACCGGAGUUUUUACUCUCCUUGACCAUUGAAGACAGGGAUACCAUGGAGAUCGGGUGUUCAGAGAGGAAGAGCGAGGAAAUAGACACAUUGCAUAAGGAGAUUGACCUACCCAUACCCUACGUAAUUCCCGAAGAGAGAUUAAUCCAGCUUGGUCCCGUAACAACCAGCAGAGAUUUAUUUCUGUUGGUUAUUUCCACUGGAGUCACCGCCAAUCUCCAUCUCCUCACUCCAAAACCCACGUCUCCCAAUGACUCGAUUAAAGAUCUCUGCUUUUGGUACAAAGUUCUGGAUAAUGAACUCCAGUCAAAAUCAUUCACGAUGGAAUCCACUGUUUUUCCUCUAGACGAAAAAAUUGUUAUGAGAAUAAGAAGUUCGUUUUGCGUAUUGCGAAAUUACGUGGAACAGAAGUCCAGUUUUUUCGUUGUUCUCAAGUAUGGAGAGAGUAUUUUGGGAGAAUCGGAAGUGGAUUUGAAGCGACUCUUGACUGGGCAUUGGGUGGAUAAUUGUGGGGAUAAGGAAGUGUUUUUGAACGAGAGGUGCUUUCUCAAGACCUUGGAUAGUAGAAGUGAGAUUGUCGAGGGGCAGAAUAGACCGUAUCUCGAUUUACAAUUGGGUCUGACGUGCAUUGGAAAUCGGGAAAAUGAAGUGCAUGCUGAGCCCCUCAUUAUUAAUUCCUCUGCAACAAAUAAAAAUUCAGAAAUGGUAAGGGAAAAACCUUCAGUUACAACGAAUGCCAAUGACGCACACAAUCGGUUAGCCAGUGGUCAUGAGAGCGAUUGCAAAGACAGGAUGAAUCAUUUUUCUACUUUUGAAAUACCUCAAGAGCCACUAGAAAAUACAAUAAUACCUCCGUGGCAUGAAAAAAAAUACAGAAAGAGCGUUGAUGCAUAUCACUGUUACUGUCUCCACGUUACACUGAAUACUCUAACGCUGCAGUCAGAAUCGAUAAAAAAUAUUGAAUUCAGGUUUCACCAUCCAAAGGCAGAUAUUAUGUCCACACUUUAUCCAAAAAUACCAGUGACGGUGGGUGAGACGUUGAGAUUGCAGGAUAUCGGUUGUAAAUUGCACUUGAUAUCGUCGGUUGACGAGAUUAAGCACUUGCUGGUUGCAAAUCCACUGAGGAUAAGUAUUCGAGAUGAGGAGAGAAUCGAAAAAGGCUGUCUCGGUCAGGUUGAGCUCGAUGUCAAUCGGAUCUUCGAUGAUCCUGCAUGGAGAAGUCAGUACGAGGCCGUUUUAAUUGAUUCUAGUCGCCAUGUAAUCGGUUCCACAGAAGUGCACAUGGACUUGAGGGAUUAUGGGCCCUAUUACAGAACGACAAAAUCCAUUUGGAGUGAGAAAUUGGGACCGCCGAUUCUAGAUGACUCUUUGGCAUCGAAAAUAGUGGAUGAACUGGAGACCUGGAAAGAGCGGCAGCAGGAGAUGUUUAAGGUGGAGCUGAAACGAAAGGAAGAACGUCAUUUGAAUCUGUUGAGUGAGGAAUGGCAGAGAAGGAGAGAAUCAUUAGAAUCUCAAUUAGCCUGCAGUGUAGAGCAGUGUAAAAUUCUGGCUAAUAAUUUAAACAAAGCCACUGACGAUCUGAGAACGAGGAGAGUCCAGAGUAUUGAGAAGGAGGAACAACUGAUAAAGACGAAUGAGGAAUUGAAAUGGGCGUAUGACAGAAAAGUCAGAGAUUUGAAUGACGCGUCCGAGAGAAUGCGUGAGGAUUGCACUUUAAAGUUGUCGCGGUUGGAAGAGGAGAAGAAAAACUUUGAGGAUCAGAUAUCGGAGCUGAAACGUGAGAACUGUCGACUCCACAAAAUUAUUUCCAAGCAGAAUGAGGAUUUGAUAAAGUUACAGAAGAGCUCAGUGGCGUCGGAUCAAACGGAGAAUUUGAUGCAGCAGAUCAGGGGUCUUGAGAGUAAAUUGAAUAGUGCGAUCAAGAGCAAGAUGUUUUUUAAGGAACAAUGGGGGAAAGCUGUGAGGGAAAUCCACAAGUUGAAGAUUGAGCGGCAACAGGAAUUAGAGGUGCAGAUUAAAUCCAGCAGGGAAGAAUUGAAGACUAUUGAUUUAGAGCAUUUACUUCAAGCAGAUUCAGCAGCUCUCUCCAACGAUAAACUCCUGCUUGAUCAGAUCCAACGAGAAAUCAACGUAAUAAAACCGAAAACCUCUCACACAAUAAAUCCUGAUGAAUUCAAUAGUGUCUACGAGUCAACGUGUCGAUCCAACGCAGAUUAUCGCAGACCAGAGGACUCUCGAAAAUCAAAUGAUCAAGACGAUAGACUGGAAAAGCUCAUUGAAGAGCGUGACACUUUGUUGAAGACUGGAAGUUACAGCGUUCACGAUGCCAUAAUAAUUAGACUCAAUUCGGAAAUACGAUCACUGUUUAUAUCUAGUUGAAACAAUAUAUUUAUUUUGCAUAAAGAGAGUAAUUGAGAUAUUCAUUGCUGAACCGAUUAAAAAUAUUCCGAGUUUCACGAAAAUGGAAAAUUCCAGAAGUCAAUUCAAUCACACUGGAAUGAAACCAGGAGCACCAAGUGUUGAUUAGAGGGAAAUAUUUUAUCUAGUCUUGAAAUCCUCGAGCGAUUAUUUGCCACUGCUUAUCUGUACGCUUAUCUGAGAGAUAAGCUGAGAUAUUUAUUGCAAUAUUUUUAUGAUUUUUCAAUUGAUAAUAUUUUCUCUGGUAUCUAUAAAACAUUGGUUAUCCCAUAAAAUCGUUAGAAAAUUAUGCAAUU